AUGGAUUUGUACGCAAUCCACAAGUCAUUCCUGGACAUGCAAUCGGAUUUCGGUAGGAGCUCAGACAGUUCGUCUGACGUCCAGCAAUCGAGAAAUCGAGAAGAAAUGGCACGUUUGAGCAAGCUUAUCAACAUGGCCAUUUUCAAAGGCAUUGUGCCAUCCAAUCGUCAAACGACGUACGAUAUCAAUUACGACAGCAGCGAUUCUGAAGAGGAUAUUAUGACGCCCGUGCAACAGCUCAUGCCUAAUAUGAACAAUCAGCAACAACAUCAGCGACCGAGCAGCACAGAAUUCAAUCCUAGUUUACUUUUACCUUUUGGCAUUCGCGGUGCAUCCAACCAGAACAAUUUAAAUUCGGCCAAUCAUUCCGGCUCGUCUAGAGUCACCUUGGCUGAUCAAUUUACGUGGGGAGCUGUUGUAUGCGCUGGAGUUUUUGUGGUAGUUUUCAUUUGUGUUAUGGCAGCCUGGUGGGUUCACAAGAAACAACAGGCCCGUGUCAAUCGGCGAACGGCACAGAGAGAAGCCCGAAGGCAAAUGGCCGAAGGAGCUCCUUACUGCAUUGAGAAUGACUUGCAUGGCCCUGGCAAUGUCCCAGUCGGUGACAUUCAACGGCCGCCUUCAUACUUUGAAGUGAUUGGGUUCUUUGAUCCGCCUCCUUCCUAUAAUGAUAUAUCGGGUGGAGAGUGCAGUAGCCAGCAGCAAUCGGAACCUAAUCAGCAGGCUUACGAUAAUGUUGUUGUUGUGACAAUGGAUGAGCUUCCUCCGCCGUUCGUGGAAGGAGACUACAUCAAAACGGGGGAAAAGAUUGUCGCCGACGACUCGAUUACUGAAACGAGUGCCAUAAGUAGUCUCCCCCCAAACACUGCUGUUACUGUGAUACCUGGGCAUGAAGGACAUCAAGACGGAUCAGAUUCUUAAACUGAAAUCGCCUUUUUUUUCCUUCUGUUUCUCUCGAUCGCCUGACUCUAAAGAAAUGUAUUCCAUGCCACAGUGCCUUACCUUGUAUAUUUAUAAACAAAACAGUCUUGACCACAAAUCCCCCAUUUGUGUACAACAUGUGUAUAUGACCAUGAUGUGUCAUAAUAUAAAUAAAUUCUUGGAAUUACUA